CUACCCACCCAGCGCCGGCACAGGCGCCCAGGAUGCUCUCGGAAUGGCCUCUGGUGCCCCACAGGAGAGCAGCCAGAGGGCCAGCGGUGCAGAGGAGACCCAGGGGUUCCUGGACACCUUCCUGCAGGACUUCCCAGCCCCACCAAGCCCAGAGAGCCCUCUGCCAUGGAAGGCCCCGGGGGUGGCGCUGAGCCAGGAAGAGGUGCUGGGCGAGCUGACUGAGCUGGCAUUGAGCUUCCUGGGCAGCAGGAGCGCUCCACCAGUGCUGGCGUCGGCCCUGGCCCAUGCAGCCAUUUCCCAGCUGCUGCAGAUGGAUCUCUCAGAGUUCAGGAAGCCACCUGGGCACAAGGAGGAGGAGGAGGAGGGCGACGAGGAAGAGGACAAGGCCCCUGUGACCCUGCUGGAUGCCGAGGGCCUGGCACGGAGCUUCUUUACCCAGCUCUGGGACGUGUGCAACCGGUGGCAGAAGGAGGCGCCAUCACCUGCCAGUACUCUUCAGCGACAGUGGCUGGUCUCCAUCCACGCCGUCCGGAACACACGCCGCAAGAUGGAGGAUCGGCAUGUGUCACUGCCGGCGUUCAACCAGCUCUUCGGCCUGUCUGACCCUGUGGACCGUGCCUACUUUGCUGUGUUUGACGGUCACGGAGGGGUCGACGCCGCAAAGUUUGCCGCAAUGCACAUGCACACCAAUGCUGCCCGCCAGCCAGGGCUGCCCUUGGACCCUGCAGGCACCCUCAGGGAAGCCUUCCGGCUCACCGACGAGAUGUUUCUCCGGAAAGCCAAGCGAGAGCGGCUGCAGAGCGGCACCACAGGUGUAUGCGCACUCAUCGCAGGAAGCACCCUGCAUGUCGCCUGGCUCGGGGACUCCCAGGUCAUCCUGGUGCAGCAGGGACAGGUGGUGAAGCUGAUGGAGCCCCACAGGCCUGAGCGACAGGACGAGAGGGAGCGCAUUGAAGCACUGGGUGGCUUCGUAUCCCACAUGGACUGCUGGCGAGUCAACGGGACCCUGGCUGUCUCCAGAGCCAUUGGGGACAUUUUCCAGAAGCCCUACGUGUCCGGGGAGGCAGACGCAGCCUCCCGGGAGCUGACCAGCUUGGAGGACUACCUGCUGCUCGCUUGUGACGGCUUCUUUGACUUCGUGCCUCCACAGGAGGUCGCUGGCCUCGUCCAGAGCCACUUGGCCCGGCAGCAGGGCUGCGGGCUUCAUGUCGCUGAGGAGCUGGUGGCUGCCGCCCGGGAACGGGGCUCCCGUGACAACAUCACCGUCCUGGUGGUCUUCCUCAGGGACCCCCGGGACCUGCUGGAGGACAGGCUCCAGGAGGUGAGGGACUCGCCCUCUGACCUCUUGGAGCCCGAGACCAGCACAGCCCAGAGAAGCUAGGGGGCCUGAGCCUUGCCCCCCGACCCCACCCUGUGACUCUU